CCGUGCGUUUUAUUUAAUUCAAUCUAAAACCAUCAUUUUUGGGUAUGUCAGCCGCUUUUACAAAUUUGAACCGUUCGCCAAGCUCUAUGCCGGCGCCAAGAUGAGACGCAGCAGCACUAAAACAGCGACCACGCCCACAUAUCGACAAUAUUGGCUGCCGUCGCUGCUUUUGCUUUUAGCAGGCAGCAGCCGCACAAGCGCCCAAUGUCCCUGGCAGCGAGAUGUGCCCGAUCUGCAGACGAGCUGCAUAUGUGCCUAUAAUCUGGGACGAGAGCUUAGUGUACAAUGCGAUCAGGUCGAGUUCACGCAAUUGCUGGAAGCAAUGAACAAAUAUGCGCGACAAAAGCCCGUGGACUUGCUAUAUGUGAACAAUGCGACAAUUGAAGAGCUGCCAAAUGAGGUGUUCAGCAAUCUGAGUCUGCACAAUGUACAGCUAUCCAGUUGCGGCAUCAAAAAGAUUGCAAAUGGCGCAUUUAAGGGGCAGGAGUCGGUGCUAAAGAAUCUCAAUCUGCAGGAUAAUCUGCUGAGCGAGGUGCCGGUGGGGGCGCUGCAAGUUCUGGGCAGGCUCAAUCUGCUGGAUCUGUCUCGCAAUCAGCUCUCCAACAUACCCGACGAUGCCUUUACGGGCCUAAACAAGCUGUCCACGCUGAAGCUGAACGACAAUAAUGUGACGCUGGCGCCGGGCGCAUUUCGUGGCCUCGAGCAGAGUCUGAAGAAUCUCAAUUUGAAGGGCACGAGACAGCGUCGCGUGCCGGAAUGCAUACGCGGUUUGAAGAGCUUGGCUUUCCUGGAUCUCUCACAGAAUGGCAUCAAGGAGCUUCCGGGUGCCGGUGGCAUACGCGUCUUCGAUGGUCUGGACGCGCUCACAGCGCUCAAUAUGGAACGGAAUCUCAUCCAGAGCAUUGCGGAGACGGCAUUUGCGGGCGUGCGGAAAACGUUGAGCUCGCUGAGUUUACUCAACAAUUUGUUGUCGGAUUUUCCCAUUGGCGCUGUGCACUCAUUGAAGGAGCUGCGCGUGCUGGACAUUGGUUUCAAUUUGCUUACCAGCCUGCCGGAGGCGGCCUUUCGUGGAAAUCCAAGCAUCACACUGUUGGCCCUCGACGGCAAUCCACUCAGCACGGUGCCGGAGGGCGCAUUUGCCCAUUUGAAUGCCACGCUGCGUGGUUUGUCGCUGGGCGGGCGCUUUCUGCACUGCGAUUGCAAACUGCGCUGGGUUGCCGAAUGGAUACGCAAUGGCGAUUUGCAGGUCACCUCACGUGAGCGAAAUCCUCAGUUUUGUGGCACGCCGCCGCGUUUUCGCGAUCGCGGCUUCUACUCCAUACAGCCAGAGGAGCUGAGCUGCCCCGAAAUAGCCGAUGCCGCGCUCCGUGGUCCAGUCGGUCUGGCCGAUAAUCUCAAGCCGACAUUUCCCUCUUCGCCCGAUUCCGUGGAGUUUGAGACGGGGUCAGCUAUUGGAACGGGCACCGGAACAGCCGCCUCGGCGCCUGUUGCGAACAGUGUGAGCACCACAGCCCCAACAACAACAACCACAUUGUCCACGACAACAACCACAACAACAACAGUAGCGCCUACAACUAGUUCCAUCUCCAGCACAUCAGCCAGCACGACUCGUGCCCCAACACAAGCCACAACGAAAGCGACGAAGGCAGCAGCUGCUUCGCCAACGGUAGGCGUCAAUGGCACCGGCAGCGUUCAGGCCACGGCCAUCUCCUCAACGAGCAGCAGCAGCAGCAGCAGCAGCUCCUCGACAUUGCACACAGCCGGCAAACAGGCACCCGGCUGGCGACAGGGCGCCAAUGUCAAUGCGAAUGGCAACCAGCACAAGCCGCAGCGACCGCCGCUGGUGCUGGGCUAUCCGCCGCAGCGUGGCACACGCAUCGACGAUGCCAACGAGGUGCAGGUGAAGCAUGCGUUCCGCCAGGACAGCUCCGUGAUCAUACAAUGGGACUCGGAGACGGCCAACAUAUUGGGCUUUCGCGUUGUCUAUCGCCUGUUCGGCGAGAAGGCCUUCAAGCAGGGCCCGCCGCUGGAGGCCAGCGAGCGUGAGUUUAAGAUCAAGAAUGUGCCCGCCCAGGAGUGCAUCAUAGUGUGCGUCAUAUCGCUCGAGGAGCUGCACGUCACGCCCGAAACGGUGCCCUAUCAACAAUGCCGCGAGGUGCGUACCGUUUCCUCGCAGACCUCCAACAUGGAUAAGAUAACCAUAGCGGCCAGUGCAGCCAUUUGUGGCACCAUCAUUGUGGCUGUGAUUGUGUUCAUUGCGGCAAGCAGACGCUCGCGCAAACUGCAGAAUAACCAGCAAAAGAGUCCGCUGCCAAUUGGAGGUUUGCCCGUUAAUUGUUGCGGUCCAACCGGUUCGCCAGGACCACUUGGCUCGAUUGCCACGCUAUCGGCGUUUAACAAUCACAAGGAAUGGGAUCAAGUAUCAGCGUACAGUGGACGCUCGAUACCGCGACCACGCAUCUAUCCAGUCGAACAGCCCGACGAUAUGCGCAGUCAUUUCUCUGGCAUGCCCGGCAAGGUGGCCAAAUCAAGAUCCAUAGCCGAUGGGCAGUCGCAGCACAGUUUUUCGAAUAAUUCACAUCGCGGCUAUUUGGGUAGCGCCUUCCCCACAAAUCUGGUCAAUUCACGCCCGGAGCUGCGUCAGUCGCGCCAGUCGCUGGCCGCUGCCUCCGAGCGCAUGUCGCGCGCCUCCUACGCCGGCUCCAUACAUGGCGGUGGCGGUGGUGGACCUGGCGGCGGCGGUGCCAACGGCAUGGGCGGCAUGGUUGGCGGCGGCAGCUUGAUGGGCAUGAGCGGGCUGGUUGGCCCCGGCGGGCCAGCCAGCAUUGCAUCCAGCAAUGCAAGACGCUCGCGUCCGCGCUCCAGAUCACGCGAUCAACUGAACACAACGCACAUACAUAACCAUCGACCGGGAAGUCGAUAUUCGACAGCUGGUUCAACGCACACGUUGAACAAUUAUUGCGACACAUCGGACAAUUGGACCGAUCAUGAUAUGGAUAUAUAUAUGGCGCGCAAUCCGACAACGCGCAACGGUCUGGUGCCAUUAUGAGGGCGGCUCAUGUUAUCCUGAUAUUUCAAUGUUGUAUUAAAUUUGGAUGGCAUUUUCUGACAAUAUCUGACGCCGGCCAUGGCAGUGGGUGGCGGUGCAGGCGAUGGACGGCAUCAGCAGCAAACUGCUGCAGCACAACAACAGCAGCAGCAACAACAGCAACGACAUAGAAACAAUCAGCAAUUGGAGCAGCCAUAUCAACUACAACAGCAACAUCAACUACAACAGCAACAGCAACAGCAACAACAACGUUUACAAUAUUACAAUACACCGCAAACGCAACGCUGCACCUCGCCGCCAGAUGUGGUGCCCCGUGCAGCCAAUUUCCAUAAUAGCAGCAGCAGCAGCAACAGCCACGCGUGCAGCACCAACAACAACAACAACAACAAUCAGCAACAGUCGCUGUUGCCAGCUUCGACAGCAGCAGCAGCAGCAGUAGACAACGGCGGCAUUGUUGUCGAGAACUAUUUUAACGAAUAUGAGCGUCAGGAAAUCAUUUAUCACCCCACAAGCAACAGCAGCAACAGCAACAACAAUAGCAGCAGCACGCCAGCAACACGUCUGGGCAGCCGCAGCAAUGCCUUUCGUUUACAGUUGAACGCGGCGGCAACGACGAAUGCAACGACUAACAAUAUUUUAUAUAGACGAAACAAUUAUUUAAUAGAUGCAACUAAUGCGCAUACAUUUAGUGAUAACUGUAACUGUACUUGUAAUUGUAGCCUAAGCGAGCAGCAGCAGCCGCAACAGCAACAACAGCAACAACAGCAGAGAGCAGCAGCAACAACAACUGACAGCAGUUGCGUUGACACACAAGCAGAAGCAUCCUUGGCGCCGAGCACCUCAGUGUCAAGCAUUGAGCAAGUGCAGCCAGCUAAAUAUGAGCAUGAGACAGCAACAAUUGCAACAGAGGCAGCAGCAACAACAACAGCAUCAGCAGCAGCGGAGGCCUUGUCUGAACUGAACUUGACAUUGGCUGACAUUGACACGGACUUGGACUUAGACAUGGACACGCUUUGAGUGCAAUACAUAAUUCUAGUUGUUGCUGCUAACAAUUUAGUUGCUGUUGCUUUUGCUGUUGAUGUUGUUUUCGUGUCCCAAACAAUUUGCAUAAAGUUUAGAAAGAAGAAAAGCAACUCGAACAACUUAGCUUAACUAUUUUUGUAUGCUGUUUGUGUUUUUGUGCAAUGAAUACGUAUGUUAACCACAUAGACAUUAUAUUUGGUUUGUGUACAUAAAUGUAUCUGUAUCUGUAUCUGUAACUGCAAUUGUAUCUGUAACUGUAACAGCGCUUUCCUUGGUUCUUUGUCGUUGUGCGCGUAGAUUUUUUUGGUAUAUCAGCAAAUGUUAAGCAAUCAAAGAACUAACACGUAAGUCAAUAUCUUAUAAAUGGUACUAAUACACACACAAAAACACACACACACACACACAACACACACUUACACACUAAACUAUUUAAUAUAGCAUAGAAAUGAACAAAACAAAUAUUUGCAAAAUUAAUUCAAAACUGCGGUUGGACAAGCAUAGAAAAUGAAUUAUUUGUUUAAAAAGACAUUAAUUUUACUUUACAUAAUAUUAUAUUACAAUAUUAUUGCUUAAACCAUCCUAAACACUGCUUGAAAUAUUUUAUUAUACUAUUCAUAAAAUUCUUUAAUGCUUAAA